CCACCUAAAAAAAUAAUUAAUAGACCAAAAUGGGGAAAGCGAAAGGGAAAUAAAAAUAGACACAAACCCAGGCAAAGUGUUACAGCAAAGAGCAAUUGGAAGGGCGUCUCUACAUUAUACUGACAGCACGGAGGGUCUCUGGGGGUCUUCCCAGCUGGUUGCCUGCAUCACAAGGGCACAGGGCACGACGGAGCACCAGGAAUCCUGCGCUUACUGGCAUUGAAUUUCAUCUGCUGCCCGCACCUGCUACCAAUCCUACAUUAUCUCCCCUGUUUCCAUAGGAAGCUGCCUGGUGACUACAGGAACACCCCUGCCUGAACUGCGGCUCCCGGCCCCGCCCCCGGUUCUUCCUUGCGUACCCGCACAGCUUCUGGCGUCCAAGGUUUUAUCAUCCCCGUAGUAGCAUUAUUCAAGUGCACUGUCCCAAACCUAUUCGUUUUUGGACAAUCCUGGUCAAGGAUUUCCCCUCAGACACCCCUCAUUCCCUGCAGUUUAUCGGUCUUGUCCUGCCUGCAGCCCUACCCUCUGCUAUGGAAUCACAUCGCCGCUGCGAUCAGUAAACGUGUGCGUUUGCUUUCCUAUCUACGAUCUGCACCCGGGAUCCCCUCAGAACACCGCCCCUUUUCAUCAGAGCCAGCUGCCUCCUCCUCCUCCUCCUGUGAACUCUCCCUUACCCUCUCCCCGUGCCUGCCUAAGCACUCAUACACCAUGCACUCGUAUAGAUCACGCAGAGCAGCACGCUGACAGCCUGCACCCUCCUGCUCCCCACCUUCACUGCACCCAUAUCUGCCCAGAGUUCGUAUACCCUCUGAGUUGGAUAACCCCCUGCUCCUUUUCUCCCCUGACACUGUCAAUUUGUGCAGAUCUGAUACUGGCAGCAAGCAAGAAAGAAAGAACAACUUGUUUCGGGUUGUUAUUGCCGUUUUUCCUCUGUGGAGAGACUGACACAAGGAGUGGAAGAGGCUCUUUCGGGAAAGAAAGUGGAAAGGAUCUAUUUGUUUUACAUGUAAUUACUGUUAUUAUUGGAUUGUUUUUUGUGUUGGACUGAGACAGCUUCAGAUCCGCUGAGUGGAUAUUACCUGCACAUCUGGAGUAGGCUGCAACAGACAUCUGCUAACAAAUUGCAGUCAAAAGAUCCUUCAAAUUGUACUUCACUGAAAAUCAAAUCGGUAUAUAGAAGUGACUGGUUUUCCAGUUGGAGAAAAUAUAUGCUGAAGUAAGCUGUUGCCGCUCAACAUUGGACCCAUCCUGCCCAUCUAAAAUUGCCAUGUCAAAAAACAACAUCACAGCCAUGCAUGUGGGAUUUCUAAGGGACACAGGUUGCCUGACAUUGCUGAUAAUACCUUCACUUUAGUGAAACAAGAACAACAGUUCUUUUCCAGAAGAUAUCGGCAAGCACAUCACACCCAAACAAAUACCUGUGAAGUCUGACCAUUCAUGUUCUUUAUAUAAAGUUUUGAAAGAAACAUGGAUAAAGCACCAUUUUAAAAAGAAGAGCUGGUAAAACUCCAUGUGUCUUUAUAACAUUGUUAGAAGCUAGUGCUUUUUUUUGUAUCACCAUGGAAUCUGGAGACAGCAUUUUAGGACAAGAGGCUACCUCAAGGUCCAGAGAUUCUGACAAAAUACGAAGUCGGUGGACACAAGAUAGCUUACCUCUUGUCGCAAGGAACACUUAUAGCAGUCAAGAAAGAGAGCUACAACCACAAAUUCAUCCAGAACAUAUUGGAAACCCAACAUCAGCUCAGCAUUUUAGUUCUCUGAAAGUUACUUCACAAAUUGAUACUGCACAUAUCCCAGAAAAGCAAUAUGCUCAGAAGCGCCAUGGAUCCUAUACACCUCGCCAUUCACAUUCUUUUCCUCAGCAUACGCUUCACCAACAAAGAUUAGUGCACAGUGCAAAGAGUUUAGAAGUACCAGCCUACCAGUUUCAUAGUCAUUUACAGCCUGUUCCUUCAGAGGAUUUGUUUUACCAAAUGCAUGGAGGGCAAAGUGCAUCAUUCUCCAGGAAAAAAAAUUCAGGACUUUCUUCUGCUUAUAGUCAAUAUUCACAAAAAUCUCUUGAGUCAUCAGAAGAUUCUCAUAAAAAGGAUCAAAAACCUAAGAAACCAGGAAAAUAUAUAUGUCCAUAUUGUACUCGAGCUUGUGCCAAACCUAGUGUGUUGAAAAAACAUAUAAGGUCUCAUACUGGUGAGCGCCCAUAUCCAUGUGUACCCUGUGGCUUCUCUUUCAAGACAAAAAGCAAUUUGUACAAACAUAGGAAGUCACAUGCCCAUGCAAUCAAAGCUGGCUUAGUUCCCUUCACAGACUCUUCUGUAUCCAGGUUAGAUUUAGAUGCUUCUUGCAUUGAUGUGGAAACAGAAAUACAUUCUGAUGGAGAACAGAGCACUGACACAGACGAUGACUUACCUUUGGGCCUGGAAAAAAGCAGCCCAAUUCAACUUGAUUUGGCUUCCAGAAGUGGAGAGAUCUUGGACUCUGGUUUCCAUACAUCUUCUGAAGAAUCAGGAGGCCCCAUAAAAGUGCCAAUACUAAUAAUCCCCAAACCUGGCAGUCAGGUAUCCUGUGAAAGCUCUUCCUUUAUACCAUCUGAUAUAUUGCACAGCCAUGCAACUAUUAAAGCUGAUGAAUCCCACACAGUAAGGCAAAAACUUGCACUCAAAUUGACUGAAAAUAAAGGGCAAAAUGCUGAGAAAUCUUCAAAUCUUUUAAGCCCACAUAGUAAGGGGAGCACUGAUUCAGGUUACUUUUCACGAUCAGAAAGUGCAGAACAGCCAAUAAGUCCUCCAAACACUAAUGCAACAUCGUAUGAGGAAAUAAUGUUUGGCAAAUUCUGCAGGCCAAGAUCUUCUAUAACAAGUCAAGAAGCCAACUUAUCAAUUGUAAAUCCUAGUAUAACUCAAGAAAACAUUUCUCAACUCAUUACAAAAAGACAAAAUGUGUCAGAUCCUAGCAAGUUCCGAAGUCUAAAAUCUAGCAGAUUUACUGGAUUUCACACUUCCAAGAACCAAUUAAUUGCAGACACUGCUGAAAGUGAAAACAAAUUAUACUCAGAAAUACAGAGCCAACCAUCCAGCCUUUUAGCUCCUAGUGAUACAUCAACACUUACAAGGAGUAACUCAAUGCCAACUUGUUCUGGAACAAAUUUAAGCAUUCCUCCUAAUAAAAGAGGAAGUCAUUCAUUUGAUGAACGCAUUACAGGUUCUGAUGAUGUAUUUUACCCUGGAACUGGAGGCAAUCCUCAUCAGCGAUUUUUAAGACGGCAGGGGGCAUUUGAGUUAGCUGUAGAGGGUCAUUCUGAAUUUGAUCCAUAUGCCAGGGCGCCCAAAAAUGCAGUUUUUUCAUACCACAGGAAAACAGCACACGAAAAAACCUUGUCACCUCAAGAAAAGAAAAUUACUCCAGGAGAGAGAAGCAUGUAUGAUUUAAAUAUUUCAGCAGUGCAGCAUAAAAGAUGGGAAGACUUUGAGGCUUACAAACAGGGAUACCGUGAUCCACAAUUUAUAAGUGGAAUUAAAUCUGGUGAAUUCUUCAUUGAUGGUACAACACCUCCACUUUCUAGAUUUGGUAUAACAGUUGAAAACAGAAAGCGCAGAAAAGAAAAGAGCGUGGGUGAUGAGGAAGAUAUACCUAUGGGUAGUUCACUUGGCAGCCCAAUGCUCUCAGACCUCGAUAUAAAACUUCAGGAGAUUGCAAGAGCCGGACUUGUUGUUUCAGGGCAAGAAUAUCCUUACAGUGGGUCACAAGAACUCUUUGAUAUUGCUGCUAGAUUUCAUCAUCAGCCAGGUAGUCCCAUUUCAUUAUUAGACGAAUCUUCUUCAGUUACAGAUCGAGACAAAAAUGCAGAAGUAGUGAGUAAAAAGCCCCCGGGCAAUGUCAUUUCUGUAAUUCAACAUACAAACUCCUUAAGCAGGCCUAAUUCCUUUGAAAGGUCAGAAUCUACAGAGCUUCUAGCCUGUCAGCAAGAUAAGCCUUCCUCACCUUCCGAAGCAUGUGACAGUGGAAAUACAAUGUCUUCAAUAAGUCCAGAAUGGACUCAAUCUGGGGAUAUCUCUGAUGCUUCAGCAAGACCAUCUCCAUCUCAGCAAUCACAACAAACAGCAUAUCAUAUGCCUCCUAGAUUAGUCCGCCAGCACAACAUUACAGUACCUGAGAUUCGUGUAACAGAGGAGCCAGACAAACCAGAAAAGGAACCAGAAAUUCCAGUUAAAGAACCAGAAAAAACACCUGAAGAAUUCCAGUGGCCCCAAAGAAGUGAAACGCUUUCUCAACUACCUGCCGAGAAACUGCCCCCUAAAAAGAAACGUCUUCGGCUUGCUGAUAUGGAUAACUCAUCUGGAGAAUCCAGCUUUGAUUCCACAGGUACAAGUCUCUCUCGUAGCCCAAGUCAAGAAAGUAAUUUAUCCCACAGUUCAAGCUUUUCAAUGUCAUUUGAUAGAGAAGAGAUACUGAAAGUUGCAACAUUUACUAAGCAAGAUGAAAUAACAAAGCAAACAGAAUUUUUAACUGUUCCUCCUGGCUCCUAUUCCCUUUCUGUACCCGGCCAACCCCAUCACAAAGAAAUGAGGCGCUCAUCAUCAGAACAGAUACCAUGUCCCAGCCUAACUGAAAUUCCUGAAAUUCGAAGCAAGUCUUUUGACUAUGGAAACCUAACUCAUGCUUCAGCUUCUGGGGCCACCACUACUACCUUGUCUCCAAACCGUGAGAGAAAAAAAUGUUUUCUUGUGCGACAGGCUUCUUUUAGUGGCUUCCCGGAAAAUACCCAGACUGAGCAAGAAACAGCUGGAAAUCAAGAACCCUCAGAGCAGGCCCAUACAUGUCGAAGGUCUUCACAGAUUCUAUGGCAUAAUUCCUCUUCUUCUUUAUCAGGUUCUAUAAGUGUUCUGUCUGAGGAUACUGCAAAUAUUCCUAUUGGUACUUCUGCACAACCUACUACUAGUACCUCAUCACACUAUUCACAGUCUGUUGGUACCCAUGAUCCUUUACUGCAUAAAACUCCUUAUGUUCCCAAAAGACAUUUACAAGAACAGCAGAAUACAUUUAUCCAUCCCGAUAAAACUGUAUAUCCACCAGUGCAUAAUGCAUUUCAGUUACCUUACACUUCUGUCUGUAUGGCUCAGUUACCCAUUCAUCAUCCUUUCAUGUGGCCCACAUGUGCAGAUCCUUUGCAGAGGCAUUUUGAGCACCAUUUACAGCAAUUACAAAAGACUUAUUUUAAGCAGCCUAGUCAGUCGGACAUACACUCGUAUUAUCUUGAUCCUACCCAAGAUCUUACUGGAAGUAAAUCUGUCAGUUACAUGCAUGGUGGGGAAAAAAGCUAUCAUGCAUAUUUAGAAACCUCUGCACAGCGAUCUAAAAAUACAGUUUCAAAAUUGCAGAGAGACCACAGUGGUGGGUCAAGUGACUCUACUGAUCAAAGCCUUCAGAUAGUUUCUGUCUCUCAGAGUACUGGUUCACUGCAAAAUUUGCCAGGAGCAGUUGUUCCAGUCAGAAUUCAUACACAUGUGCCAUCAUAUGGAAGUGUCAUGUAUACCAGUAUUUCUCAAAUUACUCAUGCACAGACCAGCAACCCACCAAUUGUAAUUUGCAAAGUAGAUGGUAAUACUUCACAAAGAACACUGGCAACAAAUGCAUCCAUGAAAGGUUUGGGAUUUAGCAUUGCUCAGAUGCUAGGCCCUUGUGGAAGUAUAGAACAUCCCAUAUGGAAAGUGCCGCCAGCAUUUGAUUUAGACACUGCAAUUCCAUUGUGUCUGGCUUCUAAUUCAGAUAGCGUAGCUACAUUUGGAGCUGGCAAACGCAUGCUUUCUCCAGCCAGCAGUUUGGAACUUUUUAUGGAAACCAAACAGCAAAAACGAGUGAAAGAGGAAAGGAUGUAUGGACAAAUUGUUAAAGAAUUAAGUGCAGUAGAACUAACUAAUUCAGACAUUAAAAAGGAUCUGACACGUACCUCAAAACCUCAGUUGGUAAGGCAAGGACGUACAACAGAGCAGAAGGAUAAUCUCCCUUCUAUAGGAUCAUCACCACCACUCUUAUCCUCAGACUCACCACAGAGCAUAUUACUAGAUGUGGCUGAGUCCAAGUCAAGUGACAGUCCCGAAGGCAGAAUGUCACCUGAUGAAUUGUAUGAUGAGGAAACAGCAUCAAAUAUGAGCCUGAGCCCACAGGGUACACCAUGUGAAUUUUUUGAAGAAAACCCACUGAAGAGUCAAAAGAAAUCAGUUAGUAUUUUGGGUCUCAGUAUAGCAGAUGGAGCCACUAUUGGUCCUCUAAAAGAUGGCUCAGAAUUGCAUAAUAUUCUUCAAUUCCCAAGCUUACGUACACUUACCACUGUCAGCUGGUGCUUUCUAAAUUAUGCUAAACCCAGCCAUGUGGAACAGACAACACUGAAGUCAUCUGUUUAUGCUUCAUGGUGUAUAAGCUCCUGCAAUCCCAACCCUACAGGACUUAAUACCAAGACUUCUUUAGCUCUUCUUCGAUCCAAGCAGAGGAAUGCAGUAGAAGUAUAUACCAUUGCUGCUAUGAAUAGAUUUGGAGCUGGCAAAUUAACAUCAUCAAAUGUUUGGAAGCAACAAUUUGCACAGAUGAAACCUGAACCAUCCUUACUUGUUAGCAGCAAAUUGGAAAAGAAGGCUGCUGGAAACAGCAAAGAAAGGACAAAAGGAGAGUCCCAUGGAGAGAAAGACAUUUCUGCUAAACAAACAGAGCCAAUGCGGAUUAAAAUCUUUGAAGGAGGUUUCAAAUCAAAUGAAGACUAUGUAUAUGUAAGAGGAAGAGGCCGGGGGAAGUACAUUUGUGAAGAAUGUGGCAUUCGCUGCAAAAAGCCAAGCAUGCUGAAGAAACACAUCCGCACCCACACAGAUGUGAGACCUUAUGUGUGCAAGCUCUGCAACUUUGCCUUCAAAACAAAAGGAAAUCUAACAAAACAUAUGAAGUCGAAAGCACAUAUGAAGAAAUGCCUGGAGCUAGGAGUAGCAAUGACAUCUGUAGAUGAUGCUGAAGCAGAGGAAUCAGGAAACACUGAAGAUACACAGAAAGAGUCUGACAAGAGCAGCCCUGCUAUAGAUCAUCAGUUCUCAGAUGCAGAGGAAUCAGAUGUGGAUGAUGGUGAUGAUAAUGAUGAUGAAGAUGAUGAUGAUGAAGAUUUUGAUGACCAGGGAGAUAUAACACCAAAGACUAGGUCAAGAAGCACCAGCCCACAGCCACCCAGAUUUUCCACCUUGCCUGUAACUGCAACUUCAGCAUCCCAGAGGGCAUCACCUGAAGCCUCUAUUGGGCAUUCAUCUUUGAUGAGUUACCUAUCGACUAUGCCCAGUAUUCAGAUUACACAUCUCAUGUCAAAAAGUGCUAUGUGUGGAGAUUCACAAAUGAUGGAGUAUCAAAGGCUUUUUCUUCAAGAUAUGGAGCAUGAACGUGGUAAAAUGGAUGUACCUGUUGGCAUGGAUGAGGACUUUAUGCUUACUUCUGAACCUAGCUCCUCUCCCAAAGACUUAUCAUCUUAUAGCCGCCAUUCCUCACCAGGCUAUGAUUCUUCUCCUUGCCGAGAUAAUUCACCUAAAAGAUAUUUAUCGUUAAGAGGAGAUAUGUCUCCCAGAAGGCACCUGUCACCAAGGAGAGAUGCAUCUCCCAUGAGGCACCUGUCACCUAGAAAAGAAGCUGCAAUAAGGAGAGAAUUAUCUCCAAGAAGGGAUGUAUCACCACGGAGACAUCUCUCACCAUUGAGGCCAAUGUCACCAGGAAAAGAUCUGUCAUCUGGGCGGGAUAUUUCUCCACGACGAGAGAGAAAAUAUAUGGCCACAUUUAGAGCACUUUCACCAAGACGACGUUUACAUAAUACAUACAUACAUAAUACAAGUUUGCCAAUGAGUCAUUAUUUGCACUCAGAUUCAGGAUUUCUGGGCCAUGGAAGACAGAACUGGCCACCGGUACCUUAUACAAGUCAUCAUCCAGAAACUGUUCCUGGACAGCAAAGCCCUGGCCAAGCCCUUGAGACUCACAGGGAUUAUAUAUUCAGCCACCUCCCUUUACACUCACAGCAACAAGUACGAGCACCUUUACCAAUGAUCCCUAUAGGUGGUAUUCAAAUGAUCCACUCAAAUUCUACAAUCCAGUCCAGUUCUCAUUCUUCUACCGCCACACAAUUGCACCUAAAGAGCUCAGAUGAAAAGAGAAGUAUGUCUUCGGAGUCAUGUCCGAGUAUCCCAUUGCACCUUGAUAAACAUUCUUCUAAUGUCUCUCUGAAAGAUUCUUCAUCUGAGUCUGACUCCACUUUAUUACCUUCUCUUGGACAAAGCCCUACAGAUGAAAGCUCCCAACACAAUGAAAGGGAACAGGAGGAAAAUAUACGUACUUGCACAAAAGCCAUUGCUUGCCUGAGGAUUGCCACGGAGGAAGGUUUACCGCAGAAGCGGGAACUACUUUCUUGUCCUGAGCCGAAUCAAAAAACAGAAUGUGCACAGCUCAGCAUUCGGCACUUUAGUGGACUUGAGGCGGGCACUGCACUUUCAAGCGUCUCAACCACCUAUGUUGAAUUGUAUGGAGAUAAUGACAGUUUAGGUACAUCACAAUCUACAACUGCCCAUUCCAAAUUCUACAGUAAAACUAUGGACAUGAAAAAGUUAGGCUAUCAUGGUAGGAAAGAUGAGCCACCAAGCGUGCAAGAGGUAAAAGACACAGCAGAAUCAAGUAAACCACAUUGAUUUUGGAUGGGCAUGGAGACUUCAUGACCUGGCUCACAUUAAAAGCAUGUCUGAUACUAAAAGUUAAUUUGCCCUUGAAAUAAGUACUUGGAUGCUGAAUACACACAUACCCACUUGUGUGUGUAUGGAUAUAUAUAUGUGUGUGCACACACUUGUAGUAUAUUAUUUUAAGCCUGACCAAAAUGAAAAUUUAAACUCUUGUAUUGGGUCUGGUACUUUUAAAUGUACAGAUGUUUGUGCUUUUUCUUUACUUUGCUUAUAUUCUUAUAAGCAUUUUAGCAGUACCCUGUAUAUAUUUUAGAAUUUGUGUAACUGCUUUGUAAUAAUUGUAAUUUUCUUUCUUUUUUGGACACUUGGGUCUAAUUGUAAAGAAAAAAUAGCAUCAAUAUAUAUGUGAGGUUGCACUAAAAGAUAUUUUUAUAUGAUUGAAACUGAACAGCUUUUAUGUACAGCUCUGAUCCUGUAAUACUAAUAUUUAUUUACUUUGUUUCAUAAAAUGUAAAUUUUUUCUUAAUGUUGUGAAUUACUUUUUCUAUGUGAAGCAUGUGGUUUACUGUUGCGUAAUUAGAACAAAAUAUGUAUAGUGUAAUCAAUGUAUUUAAAAUUAAAUAUCAUCUUAUUGUGCACUUAUGCAUUGGUUAAACAAAAACGAUUAAGGAUGUAUCAGUUCUUAUCUCUUGUAAUUUCUUUGUCCCUUGUUUGCUGAAUUGACAAUAACUUAAGUGCUGGUUGUGAUUUGAAAAUAAUAGUAAUGUAAAGCAUUAAAAGUACAAAUGUGCUAUUGUGAGGUUCUCUCCCAAGGCUGUAUAAAACAAUUAUAAAUAUAUCACAAGUAUUUGGUCUUACGUGAACAUGUGGCUCUGCAUUCACAAAUCAUACAUAUGGGCAAACAUUCCACCCCAUGUAUAUGUACAAGUGUAUCACUGGUACAAUUAUCUGUAACUCUCAGUUGGACACAUUGUCACCAUAUAAUAUGAAUAGAGUGUCUAUAUAAGGUGGCAAAGCACAUCUGACUGUAUGGAACUUGGGUUAUUCUUUGUGCUAUUUAGUGGAUUAUAAUUCUGUGAAACCAAGUUUGUAUAUGGAAUUACAAAUAAUUAAGGAGUGUUCUUUAAAAAAAGAAAUAAAUAUACAGUUAAAUGCAAA